AUGGUAUACUUCAGUAAGUACAGACAAGGUUGUGUUGUUGAUAAUAACUAUCGCUUUGUUAUUGAUGUGUUAGGCUUUCAGUUAUAUCAAUUCAAUACUGAAAACGAAUUAGGACAAGCACUUCAAAUCAGACAAUGCUCUAAUCGUCAUCCUGUGUUUUUUGUGCCAGGGAUAUUGGCUUCAACACUUCAUAUGAAAGGUACUAUACCAAAAACAGUACCACUUCCUCGAAAUUGUCCAAGAAUAGUAGAUGAGCGUCUUUGGGCAUCUUUUUCUCAAUUAUUUCCAACAAGUCGGUUCCAAUGUUUUGUUGCAUAUGUUUCUCCUGUUUGGGAUAACACCAAAAUGAUGUUUGAAACAGUUGAAGGACUUGAAGUGUAUUACAAAAACUUUCCAUCAACAAAAGGUAUCUCCACCUUAGGAUCGUCUGUCAAUCUUCCCUUCAAGUUAUUACUUAAGUUUUUUGGAUAUAUAGUAGACAAAUUAAGACAUGCCGGGUGGCAAGAUGAUGUUGACAUGUUUGGUUUGGGUUAUGAUUGGCGUUUUGGAGAUGUCAAUCGUGAUGAUUAUGCUUCAAAAAUAAAAGAAAUGAUAAUACGAUCACAUGAACAAAGUGGUCAUAAGGUGGUAUUUGUUAGUCAUUCAAUGGGUGGGUUGGUCACUUUACAGUUGUUCAAAUUUUUUGGCCUUGCGUUUUGUCGAGAGCACAUUGAAAAAUUAAUAACUAUAAGUACACCAAUUAAAGGUGCACCAAAAAGUCUUAGAGCUAUAUUAUCAGGAGACACCCAACACCUUCCAAUGAGUAGUAGACUGUUUCGAACUUUUGAAAGAAGAAUGCCAAGUCUUUUUAUGAUGUUACCAAAAGGCUUUUAUGAAGAAAGAGUUUUGGUGCAGACACCAAAUAAAGAAUAUAAAGGAAGUGAUUUAAAAGAGUUAUUAAAUUCAAUUGAUGAAAUGAAGGAGUGGAGUCAAAUUGUAUUUGAAGAAACAGAAAAAAGACUGGAAUUUGGUAACACUGGAAGAUGGGUUCCUUGGGAUUGUCUGUACUCUUCAGGUAUUCCAACAGAAGAUUCUUAUAACUAUCCAAAUGGUUUUGAUAGAGAACCUAUAAUUACCAUGACAGCAGGUGACGGGACAGUACCUUUAGACUCAAUGACUAAAUGUUCACAUCUAGGAGCACAAAAAGAAAUUAAUAUGGGUAGGUUUUCUCAUAAAAGUAUAUUGAAAACUCAGAGAGUAAGAACAUAUGUCUAUGAUGAAGCUUGUAAGGAUAAUAUAUAA